UGUAUUGUCUGCAUACAGAGCUUUUACAAAUUUGAGGUAAGCAGUUGGUGUUUGUUUUGUCAUGAUUAAAAAUGUAAUAUUUAAUUUAAAAUGUAAUUUUAAUUAUAUUAAUGUAGUCCUUAUUGUGUCUUGCAGGAUUUGGAGAGAGGGGAUUUUCUGCUGACUUGCACAGUGAUCAGCACAGGAAAUCUUCGACCCUUCAGAUGACUACGAGUACUACACUCCUGUCGAGAACGAUUCAGAAUGGAUGCCCAUGUCCAGUAUCUACAUUCCUGUGCUGUACUUCAUCAUGUUCUUCACUGGCUUCUUGGGGAACCUGUUCGUCAUUGUGGUCAUCGGCAAGCGGCGUAAGAAAAAUGGACGUCUUGUGGACACCUUCGUGAUAAACCUGGCAUUAGCCGACCUUGUGUUUGUCUUCACAUUGCCACUGUGGGCGAUUGCGGCCAGUUUCGGUGAGUGGCCCUUUGGUGAGGCAAUGUGCAAGAUCAGCAGCUUCAUCAUUGCGGUCAACCGCUUUUCCAACAUCUUCUUUCUCACCUGCAUGAGUGUAGACCGAUACCUGGCUGUCGUGCGCCUCAUGGACUCUCAGUUUCUGCGAAGUAGCAACUGUGCGCAGAUCACCUGUGGUGUCGUAUGGAUCAUUUCGUUUUUCCUGGGAAUCCCAUCAUUGGUGUACCGUCGGCUGACAGACGAAAUGUCAUGUUCAGAGGAUUCGAAAUCCUCUUUUGUCCAAGGAAUGAAUCUCCUGACCAUAUUUCUAACCUUCCUGCUCCCUGUACUGAUUCUCUGCCUCUGUUAUGGAUCAAUUUUGGUAAACCUGCGGCGUCACUGUCACACCGCCACCAACACACGUGCAGAAGCCAGACGCCAACAUUCCCUCAAGAUCGUGUUUGCCAUAAUUGCGGCUUUUCUGGUCUCUUGGCUACCUUUCAAUUUGUUCAAGACCAUGCAGGUCAUCUUACUAAUGAUCAUGGGAGAUCUUAGCGGGGAAACAAAUGUGGUUAUAGUUAAAGGACUCAUGCUGUCCUGCUGCCUGGCAUUUCUCAACAGUUGUGUAAAUCCAGCCAUCUACUUCUUUUUGGAUCAGCAUUUCAGGCGCAGAGCGUCGAUCCUGUGUCUGAGCUGCCUGGGUCAAGGAGAAGUGCACCAGAGCUACAUCUCCUCUAAUUCUCUCUCUAAUGGCACAUCUGAGACUUAUUCUGGAAAUACAUCAACCCGCGGGCGGCUUUUCUCUCUUUCGCUGAAGAACUGAAAACUUUUUUUCAGUUUGCUGUUUUCAGAAUGCUCUCUUUUUUUAUCGGUGAAAUUAUCAAAUAAAGCAGAUAUUAAGAUCUUUAGUUUUAAGCAUUUGCUAAAAUUAGACAUUAAUUAAUUACUUAAAGCAUUUAAUAUGAAUAUUGCAUAUGUUUUACUUUUUUGAGUAAUGUUCUAUACAUUUGUAUAUUUAAUUUCCUACAUACAAUAGAUUAUGUAUGGUUAAACAUCACUUAGUGUAAAAGAUUAAUUUCGGUAUUUUCACACAGUAAUAUUUGAUAACCAAAAAAACAUCAUUUAUCCACUUGGUGACUGUAUUGCAUUUUAGUGACAAUCAUAAAUAUUCACAAUUUAUUAUGUUUAUGCUCUUCCUAGAUGCAACUUUAAAAUAAAUGUUUUUUUUUUUUAUGUUUACUUGUCUAUGUAUGCUAAGCAGUUGAAUAAUUCAUAUAUUUUUGCAUUUAUUUGAUAUAAUUUUUUCAGCAAUGGUCUACAUUUCUAUAUUUAAUUUCCUACAUAAAAAUUUGUCAUGUAUUGGUGAACAUAUUACUUAGUGUACAAGAUUAUUAAAAACGAAUUGCAACCAUUGAAAGCAUUUAUAUACAUAUUUUGACAGUAAUUUUUAGUAAGCUAGAAAGCAUCAUCUACAUCGUCAUUAUAUAGUAAUUUAGUGACAAUCGUGAAUAUUCACAAUUUAUUUUGUUUAUACUAUUCAUAGAAACGAUUUUUUAAUAAAUGGUUUCUUUCUUCUAUUUGCUUGUAUAUGUAUGCUAUGUAAUAAAAAAAAUUAUUAGUUAUUAAAGUCUCUUUCAAUUUUAUUAAGAAUGUUGUAGCAUAAACAAAAGACUUCAAUAAUUGUAUAUGCAAAAUCUUAAAUUCAAAUA